AAUAGCGUAUAUUUUUGUUGUUCAACUAAAAUAUUUUUUUAAUUCUAUAUUUGCAAUAAAUACUUAUAAACUGAGAAAAUUAUAUUUGGUCUUAUUACUUUCUAUAUAACUUAAAUAAUUAAUUUCUAAGAGUUAAUUCACUAAAUUUAUUUUAUAGUAAAAAAAUAUAGAUUUCAACAAUUGGCAUUUUCUUAACCUCAUUUGUAUAAUCCAUCUGUCAUUGUCAGCUGAUCAGAAUAUUACAUGCAGUGUCAAUAACUGACAAUGGCUGUUUGUGUAGCAGUCAUUGGAAAGGAUAAUUCACCGAAAUUUAUCAAAUGUGCCUCAGAAUCAUGUGCAAUCGAAUUCCAUUUUAAAGUACAUACAUCAAUUGAUAUAAUAGAAGAGAAAUUAAAUGUAGGCAACAAAGCUGUUACUGAUAGCCGUGAAUUAUUUUUGGGAUUAUUAUAUGCAACAGAUGAACAUAAGAUAUUCGGCUAUGCAACUAACACCAAAAUGAAAUUUGUUGUAGUUUUACAAUCGUCAAAUGCUUCUCUGAGAGAUAAUGAUGUGAGAAUGAUUUUCAGAAAGCUACACUUAGCUUAUGCUAAUGCAGUGUGCAAUCCUUUUUACAUUCCAGGAGAUGAAAUAAAAUCCAAAGCCUUCGAAGCAGUAGUAAAUGAAAUAAUGGGGCUAGCAUAAGAAUUUGUUUAUAAUAUGUAUCAUAAUUUACUCCAAAAAUACACAUAAACAAAAAAAUUUUUACUUUUAAAUAAAUAUUUUAUAUAAAUAGAUUCUACAUAGUAAAUUAUACUUUAGAGAAUUUCUUUAUCUGGUUUAAAAAUUCCAUCCCCACUGUGAUGUCCAUUUUAUGGCGGGGAAGUACAUCUAAAGUGGUUUCAAAUUCUGCAUGAGGACUAUAUAAGCUCGCAUAAAUUCAACGGUGACCAUUCAACAUCAUUACUUCAAGACAGUAAAAACUGCUUGUGCUAAUUUUGCUUUAAAAGUUCUUAAUACAUAAAUUACAACAAAAAA